AUGGAAGAUAUGAUAUCAAGAGUAUUGAAAAAGGUGGAUUCAACUGAUUCCUUUUGCAAAGAGACAAGGGAUGAAAUGAUAAGCUUGGGGCAAAUUAUAGCGGAUGAUGGGAAGUUUCUCAAGUUCAUCGAGAGAUUGAAAGGACUUUCAAUCAACAUUCCUUUAGUGGAGGCACUUGAACAAAUACCCGGUUAUGCAAAAUUCAUGAAAGACCUUGUGACCAAGAGGAGACAUUCUAGUUUUGAAAUUGUGGGAGUUACACAUCAUUGUAGCUGUAUUGUGGCAAAAUCCUUGGUUGAAAAGAAGAAAGAUCCAGGAGAUUUCACCAUUCCAUGCACUAUUGGGAUGUACAAAUUUACCAAAGCUUUAUGUGAUCUUGGGGCAUACUUCAACUUGAUGCCACUUGCUAUCUUUAACAAAUUGGGUUUAGGCACUGCCCGACCCAAAACAAUGAGGUUGUUAAUGGCGUAUAUAACCGUGAAGAAACCGCUUGGUAUCCUUUAUGAUGUGCUUGUGAGAGUUGAUCGGUUCAUUCUUCCGGCCGACUUUGUGAUCUUGGAUUGUGAAGUUGAUUUCGAGAUGCCCAUAAUCUUGGGAAGACCUUUCUUGGCUACAGGGAGUUCUGUUGUAGAUAUGGAGAGGGGUGACCUAAAAUUUAGAAUGAAUGAUGAAGAGAUAAAAUUUCCAUAUUUGCAAAUCAAUGAAACAACCGACGAAUAUGAGUAUUGUGUCGGUUAUUUAUAUAAUUGA